CACACGCCACAGCCGGCCAAAAUCCCAUCAGUGCCAUCACGAGUUUUGCGGCCAGCAGCAGCAGCAACCAUGGCCGCGCUCCGACCAUCCCCGCUUCUACCCCAAUCCCUUCCCUCCUCCUCCUCCUCCUCCACCACCUCUCAGUCUAGAAUCACCGCCACGGCCCUAUCAAGAACAGCCCGCAAGCCUCUUUCUCUCAAGACCGGCUGCCAUGGCGGCACCAAGAAGACCCUUCUUGCUAGAAGAGGGCGACUCCCGUGUAUGCCCACAAAGGAGGAGGUGGGCGCUGUAGGCGGUACGGAGGACGAAGAGGAGCGUUACCUGACGAGGACGGCUGGUUGGGGAGUGCGGCGGAUGGGGCGGGUCGGCGAAGAGAUGCGGCGGGUGGCGCUCGUGCAGGCGGAGGCCUUCCAUGUCCCCGUCGCGCUCUUCAACGACUUCUUCUUCGAUUUCUUCAAAGCAGAGGUGUUGGCAGCGCUUAUCUACAAACUGAGGAAUUCGCCUCCUGACAGGUAUGCCUGUUUGGUGGCAGAAGAAGCUGAUGCGGCCACGCAGCUGCUCCAGGCACCAUUUGAGAACAUCAUCGGGGUUGUGGACUGCACGGUGCAGGAUGAAGGCGACAUCCUGAGUAACCUCCAAGGCGUCCAGGAGUACUUCUACGUAUCAGGAAUAGCAGUGCUGCCAUCAUUCAGGAGGAGGAAGGUAGGCACCGCGCUGCUCAAAGCGUGCGAGGUGCUGGCGCUAGAGUGGAGGCAGAGCUUCAUGGCUCUGAGGGCAUACGAGGACGACAGGAGCGCUCGGGGACUCUACUCCAAGGCAGGGUACAGGGUGGUGUCGAGGGAUCCUGGGUGGGUCACCUGGGUGGGGAGGAGGAGGCGUGUUCUGAUGAUAAAAGACCUGCCGAUUCAUGAUCCUCAGGUAGAACAGCAAUGACAUGCUUCCUGCAGUAGGUGCAUAGUAUAUCCCCUGCUACUUCUUGCGUCUUGUGUAACUUGUAAGUAUGUCUAGUGCGAUCCGUGCAUGUUGCAAAAAACAAUUUGAUCCUUGUGUAGCAUGGACCGGUGUUGACCUGUUGGCGAAAUGUUCUUUGGAUAGCUGAAGACGCACGCUACAUUUUCUCAGCAUGAGCAGAAUUCUUGCUUAGAACA